GGGAGGCUGUCAGUUGCAGUCUCCGCUCUGCUCCGCAUCAGCGAUGAGACAGCGCAGCUGGAGCUCUGUCCCGGAUCCCGUCCGUGUCUCACCCUCUGACAUCCGAUCAGGAUGGAUCAGAGGAGAUCCGACUUUAGGAACGCUUCAGGUCCCGUCACGUUGUUUGGAGAAUUUACACUGAGCAGCAACCGAAAAGCCCGGUGCUCCGUAAAUCUGACCGAGAAGGACUUCAUCAUCCAGAGGCUCGAUUCGGCACCUGUCAGCUGCCGCAAAGUGGUGCUGAGUCUGAGGGACUGCGUUGGUUCCCAGGCUUACCGGGGGGAUGACGGGGCAGACCCCUCUGCGUACUUUGCUGCCUACUUCUACCCGCUGAAGAAGCGCCGCUGGGUGAAAGCUGCGCCGGCUCGGCAGCGCGUGGAGCAGUGCUUUCGGCUCGCGGCGCUCCAGGACCCGCGCGCUAACCUGGAGGAGGCAGAGAAGUGGGCUCGCGCCGUUCAAGAACGCUCUGCCCGGCAACAGCACCUUAGAGACGGGGCGUUGCUGAGCUCGUUACCUCGUCCAUGCAGGCUGAUGCUGUUUGUCAACCCACAGAGCGGAAAAGGAAAAGCGCUCACCUUGUAUAACAGCCACAUUCAGCCAAUGCUCAGUGAGGCAGGGGUUAUACCUACGCUCAUCAUCACAGAAAGGCAGAACCAUGCCCGGGAGAAAGUGAGAGAAGCUGACCUGUCCCAGUGGGACGCUUUAGUCAUCAUAUCAGGAGACGGACUUCUGCACGAGGUGAUAAAUGGUCUGCUGGAAAGAGCAGACUGGGAGGAGGCCAUCCGCACGCCGCUGGGUAUCCUUCCUGGAGGGUCAGGCAAUGCUUUGGCUGCAUCUGUUCACUACUACUCUGGAGUAUCUCAGGUCACCAGCGAGGAGCUCCUGGUCAGCUGCGGCUUCCUGCUCUGUAAAGGACAGGUGUCUCACAUGGACCUGGUCUCCCUCCAUCUGUCCUCCAACCAGCGGCUCUUCUCCUUCCUCUCCCUGGCCUGGGGCUUCGUGGCGGAUGUCGACGUCGAGAGCGAAAAGUAUCGGCACGCCGGAGCCGCCCGGUUCACCGUCGGCACGCUGGUGAGGCUGGCAUCGCUCCGCAUCUACAAGGGCAGGCUGGCCUACCUUCCCGCCAGCAGGGGGAGCAGUACGGACAAAGGCUUGCAGAACGGCGCGGCGGCGUGCUCGACACCGUCCUCUGCCCCCAGGCCACUGGAAGACUCUUUCCCCAACACCUGCCACUCCAACAACUCUCUAAAGCUGAGGAGGUCGGAGGGCAGGUGUCCCCAAAGUGCCCCCAAAGACGUCCACGGCCCGCCCGACAGCCUGCUGCCGCCUCUGGAUCAGCCGCUGCCGUCUGACUGGGUGCUGGUCCCACAGGAAGACUUUGUCCUCAUGCUGGCCAUGUUCCAGUCCCACCUGGCUGAGGACCUUCUGGCCGCGCCUGACGCCCGCCUGGACGACGGCGUCAUUCAUCUCUUCUACGUCACAGCUGGAAUAUCUCGCAAAGCGCUGCUCCGACUCUUCCUAGCGAUGGAGAAGGGCGCACAUCUGGAUACAAACUGCCAGCAGCUGGUUCAUGUGAAGGUGAGGGCGCUCAGGCUGGAGCCCGGCUCAGGCAAAGGGGUGAUAACAGUGGACGGAGAAGUGGUGGACUACGGCCCCAUACAGGCCGAGGUGCACAGAGGCCUGGGGAGGCUGAUCAGCGGAUGAGACCAACCCAGGCAGCUUCCAGGAAGCCGCGUUUCAUCCCAGCUUCAUCUGAUGAGGCUGAUGGAGAUCAGAUUCCCCAGGAGGAUCUCUUUCCAUCACAGAUCAGGCAUCUAGUUCAUGUCUACAAGCAGCAUCUUCUUCGCACUGUUUAGAGUUUGGUCCGCCUUAAAACGAGCAGCUGGAGCAGAAGCUGCAUGAAUGCUCUGGGUGCAUUAAACAGCCUGUGGAUGGCUGCAUCUUCACCUGCAGAAAACAGCCUGAAAGAGACAGUCUGCAGGAGUCAGAUCAGUCCUUCUAACGAUAAAUAACACCUAGAACACCCACCGACUCAGAGUCUGGCGUAAAGUCGAGCCUCGUUAAAAAGUGGAAGCAGAAAAUACAAACUUUUGAUAAUUUUUCUAAAUUUUAAAUCAGAAAAUGAUGGCAGCCUUCUGAGGAUGAUUCUCUCCCUGUUUUGCACAGAGAGACAUUUAUUGUUAGUUAUUAAUAAUUUGGGGUUUAACCAUAACUAGUGUGUUCUUUGUCCUGCAUGGGUGGCUGUAGGGGUGGGCCUGCAGGGGCCAGUGCCCCUGUGGGACUGGUCUGUUGUCGCCCCUGUGCUGAAAACAUAAACUUCUAAAAAAUAUAUAUAAUUUAAGUCAGUUUUUCUUUAAAUGUAUGUCUAUUACCUUUUUUUAAGCAGGUAGGGAAGAUCUUAUAUCAAGUGUAAAUUAUCUAAUUAUCUUGUUUUGGAGCCAAAAUCCUCCUUUUUCAGAUCAUCUCAGUUAUCGACGCAAAUUAAGGGCAAAUAAACUGAAUGUUACUUAUUUAGAUCAGUUUGCAGUGUAAUAUUUAAUCUGGUUUUUAUUAAAUUAGCUGAUUUAGAGUUUCAACUUAAAAAUUUAUUUGAACAAUAGUUUAAACAUUAUAGAAAUUACCAGCGUGUUGCUCCUUAUCAAACUAAAACAUGCGUUCUUGCUCUGUUUUUAUGAAUGAAUUAUUAGGGCCAGGCUAGAGAAUAUAGUUGUAAUAUUACAAGGAUAAAUUCAUCAUACAAGAACCCGUUUCAGAAAGAAAGCUUGGAGCUCCGCCCAGCAGAUGACGGCCAACCAGCUCCACCAAUCAGCAACCAGAGUCCACUUUGACAUCCUGCCCAGUUUGAUGCUGCUGCUAAAAGAUCCACAUUCCUCAUUUUAGGGAAGAAAGCGCUUCUAGUAAGAGUUGUCAUAAAAUACAACUUUAUUCUUGGAAUUUUAUGAGUUUAUUCUCCAAUACUCCGUAGUUUUUGCCCCCCCGGCAGUAAAUUAACUCUAGAACAGCCACUGCCUCCAUGAGGCUGCUGGUUAAAGGGUGUGAAUCCUUCAGACCUAAACAGUUCCCCUCUGCUCUUUAGAAAGCCACACACACCCUUCAUGUUUCAUUGUUCUGAGCCAAACUUUAAAACCAUCUAAAAUAUUAACGAUCAUAUUUAUUUAUUAUUAAACGCUGUCUGAGUGCAGCGCUAAGCUCAAAGCCCAAACAGACAGAAGUAAAUCACGUCCUUCUUUGCCAAGCAGCAGCUAAACGCAUUAGCUGUACGUUAGCAUUCGUUUGUCGAUGCUCUGCAGGAAAACAGAGACUUGCAGGCGUGUGAACGUACCUCGAACCCAGAACCUGCUGGCUCUGCUGCAGGG